AUUGAGGCCUUGGAAACACAGGAGCUGAACAUCUCUGCCAAUGAAGAAGUCAUUCUGAAACGGCUGAAGGAGGUGGAAAAGACAGCUGAGGACAUUAUCAAGGAGCUACAUGCAGAGUUUGAGGCAGAUGUGACACAUCAUGUUGGCUCACCACUCCCAGAUGUCAAACUGAGUGUCCAGCAGACUCCAAAAACACCAAGAAACACUGCAAAACAAGAGCCUGGUGGUGAAGCACAAAAGAAGGCUAUGUUUGCCAUGGAGAUCAGUGUGGAGCAUGACAUGCGAACAGGCGAGAGUCAGGUGGUUUCUACAGCAACCGUUACCCCAGAAACAAUCCAGGACAGGGGCGUGAAAGUGUAUGAUGAUGGCUGCAAGUCAGUGUAUGCACUACACCCAGAUGGCAGCAAAAUGUACAAUUCUGCAGUUGGAGAAAUGACAUCCGUGGAGGUGGAAGAGCUGUUACGCCAAGCUACAGAUAAGAAGGUGCCCAGUGAGGUGCAGUACCACAAACCAGUAUACUCUGCAUCCUAUACAGGGACCAGUAGGCCUCCAACACCAAAGACACCCAGUAAGACACCCACGCACACGCCCACUCCCAGCUCCAGCCCCUUCCAGGCCAAGACUGUACCCAGAAACGGGAUUCAAAACCUUGGAGAGGAAAGCCUGCUCAGCCGAGAGCUCGAAAGUCGGAAAACCCCAAGCAAAAGUCCUGGCCUCAUUCAACAAGACACCAUCCUGAAAGACAGCGACCAAAGACAGGAAGAAGAAAUCCAUCAGUUUUUGCCCUACUUCAUCACUGACAGGAAUCUAACUCCACAGCCCCAAUCACCUCAGUUAGAUACCCAAAGUCCAGCUCUGGUCUCAGUCACAGCCAGGUCUGAGGGAAUGCCAGCCUUCAUACAACCAAUCUACAGGAAUAUAGACAGCUGCAGUCCUUCACUACCUGGCCAUAAGUCAGCAGCUUCUCAGGACCCUGUCCUACUUCUAGAGAGCUCAGCUGAUUCUAACAGACAGUCACCUUUCUACCCAGAGAGCGAGGCGUCUCUGAACCUCAUCUACAGCCUGUCAGAGGAUCUAGAAUCAGAGCCUGUCACCAUGAUUUUUAUGGGCUACCAUAACGCUGAAGAUGAUGACGAAGAGGAGGAUAUCCAGGCUGAGCUGGUGAUCAUUGGCAACAGUGAUGAUGAUGAUGAUGAUGAUGGUGACGGCAAAAAUGGUAAAAAGGACAAUGGUGGGGAUGAGUUUCUUUCAUACCAUCCAGAGGGAUACAAGAGCAAAGUCUUCCAGCCAAAAGUCGGUAUAGCCAAGGUGGCCGGCUGCAGAGAUGUUCUCGAAGAGGCCUACAUGAACUGUGAUGAUUUACUACCUCAUAAGCCCACGUUCAUCCACAAGCCUGGAAAACGCAGCCCCUGCCUGCAAGGACAGGAAAUGGCUGGGGCCACAAGCACAGGAAACAUCAACCUUGAAAAGAUGAAGCUCUGUUCUACAGGAAGAUGAAACUGAAGUGAUCCCUGUGAGAAACUCAGCAAAGUAUCAGUAGGAAAGUAAUAGAAUUGUGAUAGGAUAUUGCUUCUUUCUUUCUUGCUCUCUGUCUUUAUUUAGGGACACUUAAAGAUCAUCACUCUUGUUUUGUUUCAUCUUUCUUUCAUUCUUUCAUUCUUUGAUCAUCCGCCACCCUUAUCUUCUCGACUCUUUACUCCAUGUUGUUUUUUAAACUCUAAAGAUCACCAACAUUUGCCUUGUGUGUAGCUACGUAGCUUAGCACUUUCCCAACAUAUGUAACAACUUUUCCUCUCUGACCUUUCUCUUCUUUGAAUGAGGAAAGCUACUGACAACUACUGAUAUUUUCUCAGUGCCACUGCGCUAUUGGCUAGUGCUAUUCAGAGAACUUUGUUGCCACCUACUGACAAACUAGAUUGAUUACAUCUUCAAAUUUACAUGGGUACAAGUUUCUACCAAUGCUCAGUGCAGUUUUUCUGUUUUUUGUUUGUUUGUUUUUGUUUUUGUUUUUGUUUUUUUCAAUCAAAUAAGAGCUUUGCGGAGAAGGAGGCAUGAUUGUGUUUUAAUUAUACUGACCUGCACUGCUUUUACCUACUCCAUGUAAUUAAAAUAUUUUCAAAUAACA